CAAGGACACUGCAGCUGCGGAAGGAAGUCGGUAGAUGGGUGAUUUUCUUGUCAAGUUCUAAACUGUCAACUUUUUUGUGUCUUUUGUAGCAUUGUAUUGAAUUGUAACAUGUCGUCUGGUGCGUAUGUCCAAUCGGACGUGGAAAAGAGGAAGCAAAUCAGUAUCCGUGGCAUUGCCCCAGUGGAAAAUGUCUCGAAUAUCAAGAAAACGUUCAAUCGACAUCUCCACUACACUCUUGUGAAGGAUAGAAAUGUUGCUACACCAAGAGAUUACUACUAUGCGCUUGCACAUACAGUGCGGGACCAUUUGACAGGCCGAUGGAUUCGCACGCAACAGCACUAUUAUGAAAAAGACCCAAAGCGUGUGUACUACCUGUCGCUGGAGUUCUACAUGGGCCGAACCUUGUCUAACACCAUGGUGAACCUUGGAAUCCAGAGCUCCUGUGAUGAAUCCAUGUACCAGCUUGGUCUUGAUAUAGAGGAGCUUGAGGAGAUUGAAGAUGAUGCUGGGCUGGGAAAUGGCGGUCUUGGUCGUCUGGCAGCUUGCUUCCUGGACUCCAUGGCAACCCUCGGCCUCGCUGCAUAUGGCUAUGGGAUUCGCUAUGACUACGGCAUCUUUGCUCAGAAGAUUGAGAAUGGCUGGCAGGUAGAGGAACCAGAUGAGUGGCUUCGCUAUGGCAACCCUUGGGAGAAGGCACGUCCCGAGUAUGUGCUUCCCAUCAACUUCUUCGGUCGCGUCGAGGAGAAGGACGGCAAGAAGAAAUGGGUCGAUACUAUGGUAGUGUUUGCUAUGCCGUAUGACAGCCCCAUCCCCGGCUACGGGAACAACACCGUCAACACCAUGAGACUCUGGUCUGCCAAGGCACCAAACAGCUUCAACCUGAGAUUCUUCAACAAUGGGGAGUACAUCAAUGCUGUGUGUGACAGAAACCAGGCAGAGAACAUCUCCAGGGUGCUCUACCCUAAUGACAACUUUUUCGAGGGAAAGGAGCUGCGUCUGAAGCAGGAGUAUUUCCUGGUGGCAGCCACGCUACAGGACAUCAUCCGCAGGUUCAAGUCUUCACGCUUUGGCAGUAGGGAUCCCGUCAGGACGUCGUUUGAAGCCUUCCCGGAAAAGGUUGCCAUACAGCUAAAUGACACCCAUCCAGCAAUGGCGAUCCCUGAACUGUUACGGAUUCUAGUUGACAUUGAGGGAAUCCCAUGGGAGAGAGCAUGGGCCAUCACAGUGAAGUCUUGUGCGUACACUAACCACACGGUGCUGCCAGAGGCUCUGGAGCGCUGGCCGACCUCCCUCCUUGAGACUCUCUUGCCGCGACAUCUGCAGAUCAUGUACUACAUCAACCAUCUCUUCCUGGAGGAGGUAAAGAAGAAGUUCCCAGGUGAUGAAGCACGUCUGAGGCGGAUGUCCAUUGUUGAGGAAUAUGGGGAAAAGAAGAUCAACAUGGCCCACCUUGCGAUUGUCGGCUCACACGCAAUCAACGGGGUGGCGGCUAUACACUCAGAGAUCAUCAAGAGUAACACGUUUAAGGACUUCUAUGAGAUGUUCCCCGAUAGGUUCCAGAACAAAACCAAUGGCAUCACGCCUCGCCGAUGGCUCUUACUGUGUAACCCAGGACUCUCUGAUGUCAUUGCUGAGAAAAUUGGAGAAGGCUGGGUGACGGACCUGUUCCAGCUGAAGGAGCUGAAGCAGUAUGACAGCAAUGAAAACUUCCUCCGCGCCCUCAUCAAGGUUAAACAGGAGAACAAGAUGAAGUUGGCCGAGUACAUCAAGACAACAUACAACAUUGAAGUCAACCUGUCCUCCAUAUUUGACAUCCACGUGAAGCGAAUCCACGAGUACAAGAGACAGCUGCUAAACUGUAUGCACAUCAUACACAUGUACAACGAGAUCAAAAAGGAUCCAAACAAGGCUGUUGUGCCUAGGACCAUUAUGAUUGGUGGAAAGGCAGCACCAGGCUACCACAUGGCGAAACUGAUCAUCAAGCUGAUCACUCAGGUUGGGAGUGUGGUGAACAAUGAUCCCAUCGUCGGGGAUAAACUCAAGAUCGUGUACUUGGAGAAUUACCGAGUCUCCCUGGCAGAGAAGAUCAUGCCUGCAGCUGAUCUCAGUGAGCAAAUCUCCACAGCUGGAACUGAGGCUUCAGGCACAGGGAACAUGAAGUUCAUGCUGAACGGCGCGUUGACCAUCGGCACCCUGGACGGAGCGAACGUCGAGAUGAGGGAGGAGAUGGGAGACAAAAACAUCUUCAUCUUUGGAAUGACUGUCGAUGAGGUUGAGGACCUCAAAAAGAAGGGCUAUCAUCCGAAGGAUUAUUAUGAGGGCAAUGCUGAGAUUCGUAUGAUCAUGGAUCAGAUCAACAAUGGCUACUUUAAUCCGGAUGAGCCAACUCUCUUCAGAGACAUCUUCAACUCCUUGGUCUACACAGACAGGUUUAUGCUGUUUGCGGACUUUGAUGCCUAUAUCAAGUGUCAGGAUCGUGUUAGUGAGGUGUUUAAGAACCCCCUGCUGUGGUCGAAGAUGUGUCUUCACAAUAUAGCCUCAUCCGGGAAAUUCUCAAGUGACAGAACCAUUUCCGAGUACGCCCGCGACAUCUGGGGUACGGAGCCCACAGAAUUCAAGCUUCCUGCACCCCAUGAGAGCCCAUUGGAGUACAAUGACAGCCCUGAUGCGGCAGCAGCAAAGAAAUGAGCCAGUUUUUCUAUAGGAAUCUAGGAUUUUUAUGAAAUUUAGGGACUUUUUCCAGACUUAUUGUUUCAUACAUGUGUAUACAUUAUCAUUUGUCUUCAGAGACAUAUAGGAUAACAUGUAUGUUUAGAUUGACUUUUGUGGGCCUGAUUGUUUGUAUAUGUUAGAAGGUGCAUUUUUUUAUGAAUACAUGUUUGUCAUUGGCAAAUUCCUAUUGACAACAGAAAGGCUAAAGUUUGUUGCAUUGUUUUCAGUUUACGUCUUACCAAUGUCAUCUGAAAUAUUCACUUGAAAAUCUCUAGGCUUGCCAAAUUAGCCUUUCAUUCCAUUUUUUUAUUACUUUCAUUAGUUGAACAAUGGGCUGAUUGUUUAGAACUGUGUUAAAGUUUAACAAAGUGAUUAAUGACAGCGCUGUUAACUUUUAAAUGUGAAAUAAUGGGUGAUGCGCUGAUAUAUUCAAAUAAAACAUGUGCGGCUGAAACAGUUGUCUCAAAUCUUGUGAGGAAUUCUGCAGGAACACCGUGUUUCCAUUAAACUUCCCGUUCAGUAAAGAUGUGAAAGGUAACAACGUUUGUAAACUUUAGCAAAAUUCUGAACAAUCAGCCCAUGUUGCAUUAUGAUGAUACUGUCAGUAAAUAGUUUUGAAAAACGUAUUAUGAUUUUAAUCAUUUUCUAAUUCUGAUGAUCAGUGUGACACCAGUAUUUACCAUAAGUAUAUCUUCUAUCAAGACCUCUAUGUGAAAUACAUGUAUACAUUGUAAGUAUUUGGAAAAAAAAGCUCUGACUUACAGCUGGACUGGUCUCGUUGUAACCAAACAACGACGAUGUGAGUUUGCAAUUGACAAAAAAUAGUUCCAAGACGAUAGAUGUAAUUCUUAUGCAGUUAAUGAACUAUUUUCUAUAAAUUAUUGCCAAAGUAUGUUGCUAACCUUCUGUUCUGUAAUAAACCAAAGACCAAAACUUGUGUCUGGAUUAAACUCUAUGAUGUUUAAGUACUGGCAAUAUAGAGAAAAAAGAAUGUAAUUCUACCUCUUAUGUUGAAAUUUUCUCUUAGUUUAGUGUUGAUGUUGCUAAUUGUUGAUGAUUUGUGGAGGGCAUUAAUCUUAAACAGACAACUACGCUCACUGACUUGAAAAUAACUGAAGAAACAGUUCUAAUAGUAUGAGAAAUCAUUGCUGGGUUAUCAAUACAAGACUAACAAUGUCUGUGGAGCAAGGGUAUUCGUAUUUGUUAAGUGGCGAAACAUUUACCACCGGGAAUGAAUAUUUUCUGCUCAAAACUUCAGAGAUGUUUUGUGCCUAUAUACUUAUAUAUACACUUAUAUGACGUUGUCUGCGUAAUUGCACCCUUUUCACUAUUUUCAUACACCACAAAAUAUCUUUUAACCAAGCGACAGGAUAACAAAACAGACCAAUAGCUAUGCGUACAAUUUAAUUGAAAAAACUCUAAAAUAUGCAAAAGUAGUUAAGAUUGCCUGCUUAUUAGGCACGAAAUCUCGCCAAAAUUAUAACGUCACUUUUUACUCCACGGGACUCUUUCGCUGAUGAUGUCUCAUUAUCAUUAUGAGCGGCAGUAGAAAAGAAUUUCCUUACGUAUUUUAACUUUUUUGAACUCAUAAAGACACAAAUAUUGUCUUCUUUUUGAAAUGCAGAUUGUGGUGUAAUAAAACGUGACGUAUACGCCUGCAAAUAAACAUACUUUACCAAUUAAACAUUGAAUUUCAAGUACUUGGGUAUUGUAUUUUCAUCAACUUUCUACUUAUUAUUCAUACACUAAAUUAAAUUAAAUCAAAUUAUGAUGUUUAAUACAGUGAUUCACCUGAAGUUCACCUAUUUGAGAAAUGGUUGCAGGUGGAAGAUAUCACAUUAUUUACAUGUUGCUGUUGUCUUGAAGUAGAUUAUUUAUUGCUUUUAGACACCAAAAUCAUGUUUCAUACUGUAUCUGAUUGAAUAAGAUAUAACAUGUAAGCAGAAUAAUUAAAUAUGCUUUAUCUGUUGUGAUAUUUAUUUUCUUGCUAUGUUAUUCUCAUGCGACAAAUUGUUUCUGCUUUAAAUGAUAAACCCAUGCCCUAUAAAUUAAUAUCAACAAGCCUCAUUCAUGGCUAAAAUAAAAUCACUUUCCUUUGCAAAACAGUAUCAUUUUUUCUUUAAAGAUAAUGAUUAGAGUGAUACUAGUGAUAAUUAAGAUUUUAGGUUGAGUAUUAUGCUAUAUUUGUAUUGCUGGCCAAAAAAGACAGGUAUACAUGUAAAUGAACAGUUAGAUUUUAGUUAAAAUGCUUCUUCAAAAAAACAGACGAGCUUCAACAUCAGCUUGUGGGCUUUUGUUAAUUUUAACAUGGUUUUGGCCAACAUAUUGUCAGAGAUGCUCAACAUGUUUCAAUGUCAGUCAAAGUCCAUUGAGUCAGAAUUUAUCGUAUAUUUUCCAGUGAUUUGUUAAAACGCUAUUUUUCAUCGAUUUUUUUGCUGUCUGUUUUCAUAUACGAAAUUUCUAUGCUCAGUAUUAAAAUAGAACUAGUUAUCAAUAUUAUUUUACCCUUUUCUGUUAACAACUGUUUUAAAACUAUUCUUGUUUCGUAAUAUUUUCUAAAAAUAGUUUUUGUUUAUAUAUUAAAAUAUUUUUGGUUCCAAUAUUUAUUUUUUUGUAUCACAUCUUUGAUUGUUCACACUGUUUUAAGAUGCAGAUAAGUGCUUUUUCACUAAAAUGUAAGUUAUUGUUUUGCUUAAUGUCAUGUUUUUUUUGUUUUGAUAUGUGUUUUAUUGAUUCUUUUUUGUGCCUAAUACAAAUUAUUAGUAUUUGUCCUUACAAAAUGUCUACAUUCAUUUUAGAAGUGUACAUUAAGUAGAAGAUUAAGAAGUGACAGUUUUUGAACAAUUCUUGCAACAUGUCAAAAUAGUUACUCAUGUUUGGAUCUGAUAAAUAUAUGUACUUGUAGAUUGAAAUUUUGAAACAAUGCCUUAUAUAAAGAAAAUGUCGACUUUUUAAUGUGAAAUAUUACAUUGUAAUUAUUUUGCCGAGACCUACCUGCAGAUUUACACUUAGAAUUUAAAGGAAUGCUUUUCAUUUUUUUUUCCAUUUUAUAGCACCAUGUUCGUAGUAUUUUAUUUUUUGCAUCUUAAAUCAGUCUUAUUCCAACAAACCUUAUGAUGUUUUUGAAGCAGGAUAUAAAAAUAAUUAACUUAUGAACAUCAUUCGUAGCAAAUAUUAAAAGUCACAUGCUUUGAGAACUUUUAUUGCUACAUUGACACAUUAUGUAAAACCAUGUACUUUGUAUAUAUUUUAUACACAUGUACAUGGUCCUGAAGAAUUGUUUAUGUUUAUGUAUAUUGGGACACAUUUCCUUUUUGUAAACUUUUACUUAGCACCCAUGGUGGAUUGUUGUUAAUAUUACCAAAUAAAUAUACUUCAAUA